AUGCCUCGAUCUACUACUGUAUCACGUAAGUCAAUAGUCAUCUUUCCAAAUAAGGGGCUGCCCCGCCGUUGUGCCGUUUCCCGUUGUGCCGUUCAGCGCCUGGCCCGCUCGGCUGUCAAAAGUCCGCGAAUGCUCUCGCUUACAGUACUAAUAACUACUCUAAACUCAAUCGGCGAACCCCCCUUCCGGCCUUCCAGUGAAAAACCGGCCCAUGAGCCACCAGCAGGGUUGUUGUGUUCUGCUGGGACGGCCAUAGCUUCCUCGGUAUGGUUCGGCUGGGUGCGCCUGCAAGCCCUAUCCCUAGCCCUGUUCCCGGUUCCCGGCUUCGAUUGGAAAGGUGGCUGGCGGUCUCGGCCACCAGGAAUACUAUGGGUAUCUAUUGGUAUGUACAGUACUUUGAGGAGGGGUAAGGCAGGGUGGCGACAGGCUCUCCCAUACACCUGCACGGCUACCAAAACAGAAAACAAGGAAAGCACGGGAGUGGAACCGGGCCCCUUCUGGAUCAGGACGCCGUUGCUAUGCCGUUGGCAGACGGCACCGCGGACUGACGAGCGCACGGCCGGGGCCACCCAUAGCGAUGAAUAG